AUGUCAGCGACGCAAAGACACCGCCUCACGGCAGCGGACGCUCACAGGUUCACUACGCUCAGAAGCUACGCUCAGAAGCUACGCUCAGAAGCUACGCUCAGAAGCUACACUCAGAAGCUACGCCCAGAAGCUACGCUCAGAAGCUACGCUCAGAAGCUACGCUCAGAAGCUACGCUCAGAAGCUACGCUCAGAAGCUACGCCCAGAAGCUACGCUCAGAAGCUACGCUCAGAAGCUACACUCAGAAGCUAGACUCAGAAGCUACACUCAGAAGCUACACCCAGAAGCUACACCCAGAAGCUACACUCAGAAGCUACACUCAGAAGCUACACCCAGAAGCUACUCUCAGAAGCUACACUCAGAAACUACACUCAGAAGCUACACCCAGAAGCUACACUCAGAAGCCAGGCUCAGAAGCUACACCCAGAAGCUACACUCAGAAGCUACAUUCAGAAACUACACCCAGAAGCUACACUCAGAAGCUACACCCAGAAGCUACACUCAGAAGCUCCAUUCAGAGAAAUACCACACUGCUCCACGUCUCACAGAUCCACCCAGACCUCUCGUGGAUGACGGGAGAGAUGCACCUGAGAGCAGCGCCUCAGACCGUGCAGCCUUGAAACAGCGCCUCAGCGGCCUCCAGCAAAAAUGCCUGGAAGAAGACACGGUGCUGAGCGGCAAAAAGUCUCAGCUGAGUGAAGUGGAGCGAGCUCUGGAAAAACUACAGCAGAAGAAACAAGAGUCUCUUUGGGAAAUAGCCCAGUUGAGAGAAAGAACUGGACGACUGGAGCGAGAGAGAAACACUCUGGAGUCUUUACUGAGCAAAGCCGAGGAGGACUGUGUCAGGUGGGACUUACAGGCGCUGCAGAGGGAUUCGGAUCAGACACCUGCUCUUAAAGCUCCGGACGUCAGCAUCAACGAGAGGCAGCAAAGGGCAGUGGUGGAGCCAGAGCAGAACACCCUGAGGAGGAGCGAGGAGGAGGAGCGGGCCUCACACUGGGCUCUGCAGCUGCUGCAUGAGGUCAGACGACUGCAGGAGCUGCUCCCAGUCCACAGGGGCCCCAAAGAGCUCCCACAGAGUCCCACAGUGGAGGAGGCGCUCUGGGCCCUGAGGUCAGUGCGACAGCAGCUCCAGAGCUUCCAGUCACUGCAGCUCAGCGAUAACCACAUGUACCAGCAGGGAGAGCCAAGAUGCCAGAAAAAACAGCUGUGGACAGAGAAGGACCAACAGCGCCUCUUGCAGGUCCACACGGCAGGGCAGAGUGGUGUGCAGACACAGGGGACCUCCGCUGGGGUCUUAGCCCGUCUGAAGGAGCGGCUCCGGGACAAGGACUCGGAGCUCCAGCAGCUGCAGGCCAACAUGACCCAAUGGAAGGAGCUCACUGCCCACAAGAUCGCCUGCAAGUACGAGGAGCAGCUGAGCGCGGAGCUGCAGAGGUGCAAAGCCAAAGUGCUGCAGAGCAGAAAUAUGUUAAAGGCGCCUGCAGAAGGAGGUCAUGGCGGGUCUGAAGUGGAACUGGCUCCUGAGGGAAAGCUCCUCAGACACAUCUUCUCUGAAGUCCCAGAGCUACAGCGCCCCCCACAGCCCAGCAGCAGCACUGCAGUCUGA